CGGGCGGCGCUGUCGCACACACACACACACACACACACGAACAGACGCUGUGUUGCUGCUGAUCCGAGCGCUCUUCAGCGGAUUCAUGCUACAUAUCUCGCUCUAAACACCAUUUCUCUUCAUUUCUGGCUGUUCGUGUGAAAUAAGUGAACGCCAUGUCCUACAACUACGUGGUGACGGCGCAGAAGCCGACGGCGGUGAACGCCUGUAUCACGGGUCACUUCACUUCUGCGGAGGAUCUGAACCUGCUGAUCGCCAAGAACACGCGUCUGGAGAUCUAUGUGGUCACUGCUGAGGGUCUGCGGCCGAUCAAAGAGGUCGGCAUGUACGGCAAGAUCGCGGUCAUGGAGCUCUUCAGACCCAAGGGUGAGAGCAAAGAUCUUCUGUUCAUUCUGACCGCUAAAUACAACGCCUGUAUCCUGGAGUACAAGCAGAACGGAGACAGCAUCGACAUCAUCACCCGCGCUCACGGAAACGUGCAGGAUCGGAUCGGCCGUCCGUCUGAGACCGGGAUCAUCGGGAUCGUGGAUCCGGAGUGUCGUAUGAUCGGCUUGCGGCUGUAUGAUGGGCUGUUUAAGGUCAUUCCUCUGGACCGUGAUAACCGUGAGCUCAAAGCCUUCAACAUUCGUCUGGAGGAGCUGCAGGUCAUAGACGUCCAGUUCCUGUACGGCUGCCAGGCGCCCACCGUCUGCUUCAUAUAUCAGGAUCCUCAGGGUCGGCACGUCAAGACAUACGAGGUUUCUCUCAGAGAGAAGGAGUUCAACAAAGGACCCUGGAAGCAGGAGAACGUGGAAGCUGAAGCAUCGAUGGUCAUCCCAGUCCCAGAGCCGUUUGGAGGAGCUAUAAUCAUUGGACAGGAGUCCAUCACUUAUCACAACGGAGACAAAUACUUAGCCAUCGCUCCUCCAACUAUCAAGCAAAGCACCAUCGUGUGUCAUAACCGCGUGGAUCCGAACGGCUCGCGGUACCUGCUGGGAGACAUGGAGGGCCGACUCUUCAUGCUGCUGUUGGAGAAAGAGGAGCUGAUGGACGGAGCUGUGGUGCUCAAAGACCUGCACGUGGAGCUGCUGGGAGAGACCUCUAUCGCCGAGUGUCUGACGUAUCUGGACAACGGUGUGGUGUUUGUGGGCUCCAGACUUGGAGAUUCUCAACUAGUUAAGCUGAAUGUGGAUAGUAAUGACCAGGGUUCGUAUGUGGCUGUAAUGGAGACCUUCACUAACCUGGGGCCGAUAGUGGACAUGUGUGUGGUGGACCUGGAGAGACAAGGACAGGGUCAGCUGGUGACGUGCUCCGGAGCGUUUAAGGAAGGCUCUCUCCGGAUCAUUCGGAAUGGCAUUGGGAUCCAUGAACACGCCAGCAUCGAUCUGCCCGGCAUCAAAGGUCUGUGGCCUCUCCGCUCCGAGUCGGGCAGAAACACUGAUGACAUGCUGGUUCUGUCUUUUGUGGGUCAGACCAGGGUGCUGAUGCUGAGUGGAGAGGAGGUGGAGGAGACGGAGCUGCCGGGGUUUGUGGAUAAUCAGCAGACGUUCUUCUGUGGGAAUGUAGCGCAUCAGCAGCUCAUACAGAUCACGUCGGUGUCUGUGAGGCUGGUCACUCAGGACAGCAAGGCUCUGGUGAGCGAGUGGAAGGAGCCUGAGGGCAGGAACAUCAGCGUGGCGUCCUGCAACAGCACUCAGGUGGUUCUGGCUGUGGGUCGAGUGCUGUAUUACCUUCAGAUCCUCACAGGAGAACUCAAACAGAUCAGCUCUACAGAGAUGGAGCAUGAGGUGGCGUGUCUGGACAUCACUCCUCUGGGCGAGAGCGCAGGAGAAUCCAGCAUCUGUGCUGUGGGGCUCUGGACCGACAUCUCAGCCCGCCUGCUCAAGUUACCCUGCUUCAGCCCGCUGCACAAAGAGAUGCUGGGCGGAGAGAUCAUCCCUCGCUCCAUCCUCAUGACCACGUUUGAGGGCAGUCAUUACCUGCUGUGUGCGCUGGGAGAUGGGGCGCUGUUCUAUUUCGGACUGGACAUUCAGACAGGUGUUUUGAGUGAGCGCAAGAAGGUGACUCUGGGCACUCAGCCCACGGUUCUGCGCACCUUCCGCUCGCUCUCCACCUCCAACGUGUUUGCCUGCUCCGACCGGCCCACCGUCAUCUACUCCAGCAACCACAAACUGGUCUUCUCUAACGUCAAUCUGAAGGAGGUCAACUACAUGUGCCCGCUCAACUCCGAGGGUUACCCCGACAGUCUGGCUCUGGCCAACAACAGCACACUGACCAUCGGCACCAUCGACGAGAUCCAGAAGCUCCACAUCAGAACCGUUCCUCUCUACGAGUCGCCCAAGCGGAUCUGCUAUCAGGAAGUGUCUCAGUGUUUCGGAGUUCUGUCCAGUAGAGUAGAGAUGCAGGACGCCAGCGGGACAACAGCAGCCGUGCGGUCCAGCGCCAGCACACAGGCGCUCUCCAGCAGUGUCAGCUCCAGUAAGCUGUUUCCCAGCAGCACUUCUCCUCAUGAGACGUCGUUUGGAGAGGAGGUGGAGGUGCACAGUCUGCUGGUGGUGGAUCAGCACACGUUUGAGGUGCUGCACGCACAUCAGUUCCUGCAGAAUGAGUAUGCACUGAGUAUGGUGUCCUGUAAGCUGGGCCGAGAUCCUGCUGUCUACUUCAUCGUCGGCACGGCCAUGGUGUAUCCGGAGGAGGCGGAGCCUAAACAGGGCCGCAUCAUCGUCUUUCACUACACAGACGGCAAACUGCAGACGGUGGCAGAGAAGGAGGUUAAAGGUGCGGUUUACUCCAUGGUGGAGUUUAGUGGCAAACUGCUGGCCAGCAUCAACAGCACAGUGCGUCUGUACGAGUGGACGGCAGAGAAGGAGCUGAGGACCGAGUGCAAUCACUAUAAUAACAUCAUGGCCCUGUAUCUGAAGACUAAAGGAGACUUCAUCCUGGUGGGAGACCUGAUGCGCUCCGUGCUGCUGCUGGCCUACAAACAAAUGGAGGGCAGCUUCGAGGAGAUUGCUCGUGACUUCAAUCCUAACUGGAUGAGUGCUGUUGAAAUCCUGGAUGAUGACAACUUCCUCGGAGCGGAGAACGCUUUCAACCUGUUCGUCUGCCAGAAGGACAGCGCGGCGACUACAGACGAGGAGCGACAGCACCUGCAGGAAGUGGGUCUGUUUCAUCUGGGAGAGUUCGUCAAUGUGUUCUCACACGGGUCUCUGGUGCUGCAGAAUCUGGGCGAGAGCUCGACUCCCACACAGGGCUCGGUGCUGUUCGGCACCGUCAACGGCAUGAUCGGUUUGGUGACGUCGCUGUCGGAGAGUUGGUACAGUUUACUGCUGGAUCUACAGAUCCGACUCAACAAAGUCAUCAAGAGCGUCGGCAAGAUCGAGCACAGCUUCUGGAGGUCCUUCCACACCGAGCGCAAGACUGAGCAGGCCACGGGCUUCAUCGACGGAGAUCUGAUCGAGAGCUUCCUGGAUCUGGGUCGUGCUAAGAUGCAGGAGGUGGUCAGCACACUGCAGAUGGAUGACGGCAGCGGGAUGAAGCGCGAGGCUACGGUGGACGAGGUGAUUAAAAUCGUGGAGGAGCUGACACGGAUCCACUAACCCGGCCGAGCGUCACACAUCUGUACAGAACUAUACAUACAUCAGAGCGCACACGCGUGUGUGUGUGUGUGUGUGUGUGUGCGCUUCACUUCAGCCGCGCUCAGCUCUUCCUGUGCUUGUCCUGAAGAUCAUCGCUGUCUGAAGAUGGAGCCGAUCCUGAUUCUGCCAGCUCUGAUCCACUGUAGUUUUAGUAAAGCCUUUGUCAUUGUGAUGUCUCUCUGUUUGGUCAUUUAUUUUAAUAAAGAUUCCUUCGGUACUUUGGA